UUUGACCUAUACAUCAAUCAUGUCAUAUUCGAUUGGAAAAUAAUUUAUUUUUGACGAACAUUGAAAUGAAGAAUUUUCAAAUAUAUUUUCUGGUUUUCCUUGUGGUGUGGUAUACGAACUCUUCCGAAUACAGUGUGAUGGCACAGAAUCAUCUGCAAAAACGUUCAAGCCGUUCGAAUAACUACGUCCAGUUCGCUACUGAAGUGGAUAAUGGGGGCGACGGGAAUAAUUCCGGGCAGAGUUGCAACGAUAACAAUAAACUAACAGCUGGCAACAGCAAACAAAGAGCUUCAAAUAUUGCUCAGAAGGCUGCCCAGGAAGCUAAAGCUGCCUCAGAUGCACAAGCAGUUGCUGGACAGCAAGCUUCACAUCAAGUCAAAGCGCAACUAGCUGAGAAAGCUUUACAGGCUGCCAAGGCAGCGGAAGCUGCCCUAGCUGGUAAACAAUCGAUCGUCGAACAACUCGAGCAAGAAGUCCGAGAAGCCGAGGCUGUCGUUCAGGAGGAAGGAGCCUCUUUACAACAGGCUCAAGCUAAUGUCAACGCGGCAAUGCAAGCCGCACAACAAGCAACAACGCAACUGAAAACUUUGACGGGAGCAGUACAAACCGCCCAGGCAAAUGUGGGAAAUUCGGAACAAGCAGCUCAGGGAGCGCAACAAGCUUUAUCAGAAAAAAACCAAUUGAUGGAAGCAGCCAAAAAUCGUGUGGAACAAUUACUUCGACAGCUGAGUUCAGCGAGAACAGAUUUCGCAAAUACUAAACAGGCUGCUUAUAAGGCAUCAGCUGCAGCUCACGAAGCCAAGGUUAAUGCUGCACGGAACAAACGGAUGUCGAUGUACUUUAGACGAAUGGCAGGAAAGCAUUACAAUAAAUGAGUGUCCGAAGGCUUAUUUAGAUUCUGUUAUGUUCAUACUGUGUAUCUGCCUUUCAAUAAAACGCCAA